AUGCCUGAAAAUCUCCUCACAGAAGAUGACGCCGUAACGGCCCUUGUGGCCCAUGUGUUUUCCGGCGCAAUUGGGCCAUCGGAUGGCAAAGGCGUUUGCUACGCGCUCCUCGAAACAACACCAUCCUCAUUCUCCUGGUCGGCGGCAUUAGAUGAUAUGGAUGAAUCUGACGCGCCUGUGGACCGCUACUUGAUCAAAAUUGAUAGGCAAACCAAAGAAUUCAGCACUCCAAAACCCAUCGUGCUCUCCGAACAGGAGCUUGCGGAUGCAGUGCUUUCUGCGACAGGCCAGCAUCUGUCUUCUUGGGCCAGAUUCACCGAUGGCUCGCUGAGUGUCUCUUACAAGAUCACAGUCAAAGAAGACGACAACCUAGCAUACGUGGUUCAGCUUCGCCACCACGGUUCUGUUGCAUCUAUGGACUCAUUCAUGACGCUGAUUUCAAGAACGAUUGAUUCGAGUGUCUUACCCAUACCGCCAGUAUAUCCAAUCCCGGGAGAAAUGAUUCAUCAGAAUACAACUGGGGUGGGCAGGCAAAUAGCUCAAUUUAUGCCAGGCGUCAUGGCUUCAUCAAUUUACUCUAAGCUAUCGCAUGAAGAAAGACUCGUUUUCGUACGAAAGAUGGCCCACGCAUUCUCAGCUUGUUGGGAAAUCCGACUCCCAGAGAAACACUCGAUUGGCGAGUUAAUCGCAUCUGAAGCCAAUGGUGAAAUUAUGUUGGAAAUUGGACCUGAUCGACACUAUGGCCUUGGUGGCCCAUUUCGUUCAGUUCGCGAGUAUCUCCGUGCGUAUAUCAAAUCCUCUCUCGUCGCCCUCGAAAAACAACAGGGCAUCGAUGAGUAUAAGGAUCAGUAUCUUCAUCGCAUAAAAGACUUUGUCGAUACUCGUUUGAAUGAUAUACCAGCCAUCGUCGAAGAGAUCCCCAUUGUCGCCAUUCAUGCAGACAUGGGCCCUCAUAACGUCAUUGUGUCAAACGAGACACCCGCAGACAUCCAAGCGAUUAUCGACUGGGAAUUUCUAUCAAGCGCCCCAUACGCUUCACUAUAUCGGAUCAUUGAGAUGCUUUUCCGUAAGCCGGCAUCCAACCAGUUUGGCCCCGAGUAUGACCGCGCCGAUGAACUCCGCGAGGCCUUUUGGAACGCCAUUCCCAAGUGGAAACGGUGGAAUGAGAGUGAGGCUACGCAAAUAUUCUUAGAAUGGUUCAAGUUUGGCAUGUUCAUGAAAGCGGAAUGGCGACCAAAACACUUGCCCGAUGAGGAGAGAGAUGGCUAUUGGCGGGAAAACAUUCGAGUUGUUGAAGGCAUGUUCGCCAAGUACUCACCGGAGUUGAAUGCAGCAAGCAACCCCUGA